CCCGUGCCCGGAUAAACCUGGUACUUGUGAAUGGUGGACAGUCCCCCAGCACAAGCCCUUCAGAGAUGAAGAGGUGCAACAGCUCUCUUCCGUCUCCAGCUGCCAUCACUCUGUACCACAGCAGAACACAAUACAUCAGUUAACCACGAUGACAGCAGUUGCUGUUGCUGGAGGUGUAAUAGGAGGCAUUCUCUUACUUGUUCUCAUUGGAGUAACUAUGUACCUGCUCUGGAAAAAACUUUACUACCUCCUUUCUUACCAAAAGCUCACCAGUUCUGUCAAACCAAGAAAUGGAAGUGGAAUUUUCCAGGCUCAGUUAACUUCUGAAAUCCAACCCAAGAGCAUAAGCAGAUCCAGAAGUGUCCCAUUUAUUAUUCCACCAACACUGCAUGGGCAAGACUGGAUUAACCUGACAAAUGAAGAACAAGUCCAGGAAGAAAGUGACCCCUACAUGAUUCCUCAGUCUGGGCCACGGUCAUCAUUUCAUUCUUUGGCUGGAUCUUACAUUGUGGGGACCGUUAACCCAGAGUUGUACAAGUUUCCUGAAGACAAAAGUGAGACGGAUUUUCCUGAAGGCAACAUUGGCCGCCUCUGGUUCUCCAUAGAAUAUGAGCACGAGUCAGAAAGGCUCCUGGUCUCCUUGAUCAAAGUCAGAAAACUGCAGCCUCCUGCUGAUUCCUGUAGUCCCUUUGUGAAAAUCUACUUGCUGCCUGAUGAAAGAAGCUACUUGCAGUCUACAACAAAAUGCAAAACCCUGAACCCCCAGUUUGAUGAAAACUUUGUUUUUCAGGUUUCCAGUAAAAUGUUGUUUCAAAGGACUCUGAAGUUUUUGGUUUAUCAUGUUGACAAACAGAAAAAACACCAUCUCCUAGGCCAAGUUAUCUUCCCACUGAAAAAUGAAACGUUAACUGAUGACAACAAGCUGGUCAUAUGGAGAGAUCUGGAGAAAGAAAACUUAGAGCCUCCUUCAGAAUAUGGCGAUAUCCAGUUCUCCCUCAGCUACAAUGACUACCUGGGCCGACUCACUGUAGUGGUUCUGAGGGCAAGGGGAUUAAAACUCCAGGAGGAGAACCAUGCUGUCAGUGUGUAUGUCGAAGUCACAGUGAUGAACCGUAGUAAAGUCAUCAAAAGAAAGACGACAGCAGCUGUUCUAGGAUCUCCCAAUCCAGUGUAUAAUGAGACCUUCAGUUUUAAGGUGGAUCAGACAGAGCUGGAUACAGCAAGCCUGAGUCUAUCUGUGCUCCAGAGUGCCAAGGGAGAAAAAACACUUCUGCUAGGACGUGUAGUGGUUGGGCCUUUCAUGUACACCCGUGGCAAAGAACUAGAACACUGGAAUGAAAUGAUCAGUAAGUCCAAGGAGCUGAUUAAACGAUGGCAUGCUCUCUGCCACAGCAAGUAAACGCCACAGAUAAAAAUCCCAAAUACCUUAAAAUGCAAAAGCUCUCACUAUCAUUCAUAAUGUAAUGACAAAGGGUAUAAAAUCUUUGACCACUUUACACACCUAAGUAGACAACAGUAAAAUACAAAUUCUUUCCUUGCCCAAAUGCA